GCACGAAAAACUUCCUCUGAACCUCGACCUAAUUUUUUAGAUGCCGUAGCGCAAAUCAAAAAUAUUAAAUCAAUAGUACAAGAUAAUACUAACGAUACUGAUACUUUACACCAAGAUAAUAUUAACACUAACGAUACUGAUACUUUACCCCAGGAUAAUAUUAACAAUACUAAUACUUUACCCCAAGACAACUCCAACAGCACCGUUCAACCAACCCUCAUUGAAUAA